AUGAAGAUUCUAAUCCUGUUAGCGACAAUAUCCACGUGUUUUGCCCAAAGCUCUCAAGUGGGUCAGAAUAGUCAAGGGCAAUUUGUCGGCUAUUCACAAACGAAAACGGCGACAUUCACAAAUGGACAACCAUCCUCAUCAUCGAACACUUAUCAAUACAAUGCGGCUGCAAAUCCAUCAAUGCUAGGCGGUCAACAACAGGACUCUACACAGUCUUCACAGUACUCUCAACAACAAAACGCACAAACGAACACAAAUAAUCAAUACGGUCAACAGCCACAGUACGAUCCAUACAAUAAUGGACAAAACGGCAUCGGCACUGGGGCUCAAUACGAUCCGAAUAAUCAAUUCGGUCAAACUACGACGUCACCAUAUAACCCGUAUGGGAACAAUCAGUACGGAGCGACGACACAGGGCUACAAUCAAGGGAUUUCUCAACAAGGACAACAACAGCAAUACGAUCAAUCAAACACUAAUCAACAAUAUGGACAAACGACAACGAUGGGUUACGGUAACCAGAACUCGAAUCAAUACGGCAAUCAAAUGGACACCACCACAAAUCAGUACGGCCAACAACAGUACAAUGCUGGGCAAUACGAUCAAAGCAAUCAAUACGCGCAAACCGAUUCUUUCGGCAAUCCGAUCACCACCACGACCAGCUAUGGAUCAAUGAAUGGAGCCGGGAUUUAUCAAGACCCUAACAGUCAAUAUAAUCAGGCAAACAGUCAAUAUAAUCAGUAUGGACAACAAGGGGCACAGAACAAUCAAAACGGUCAACAACAACAACAACAACAACAAAAUGGUCAGUAUGGGCAACAGCAGACGAAUCAGUACGGACAACAGGCGAAUCAAUACGGACAGCAACAACAGCAAACAGCGACGAAUCAGUACGGUCAGUACGGACAGCAACAACAGCAAACAACGACGAAUCCAUACGGUCAGUAUGGACAACAGACGCAGCAGCAGAACCAAUUCGGCACUCAACCUCAAUAUGACGCGUCGAACGGUGGAAUGAUCGGCGGGAAUGCAAACGGGCAGAACACUUUCCAACAAAGCUCGGUGAAUAGCGGCUCGGCGUCUGCGUCAAUCCAACAAUACAACUUCAACAAUGGUCGAUGUCAGUACGCGAACGGUCAAGUAAUCGAGGACGGGCAAGCACGAUCGUUGACCUCGAGUGAGCAACAACAGCUCACCCAAUUCCAGCAACAAUUGGACGGCUACUCGAAACAGAUGAGCACACAGAUGGGUUCCUGGCUGCAAACGCUGCUCGUCUGGGACCCGACGAACGGCGCUUUUCCACAGUUGAAUCAGUUCCCAACCGUUCCGCAACCGCCAUGUUUCUGCUCGACGAGCGCUUGCGGGAACGCAACAAGCUCCCAAAAUCAGCAAUACCCGAUGAGCAAUGGCGUCCAAUACGAUCCGAGCCAACAACAACAGAACAAUCAAUACAACAAUGGUCAGCAAUCUCAAAACGGGCAACAACAGUCCCAACAAGGAUCAACAACUCAAAAUCAAUAUGGAUACCAACAACAAGGAGCCCAAAACAACCAAAACCAAUACGGCAGCCAACAACAGUACCAAUCCAAUCAAUACCAAACACAACAACAAGGAAAACGAAAGCGAUCGCUCCUCAGCGACUUGAUGAAACUA